AUGGAUUCCAAGGGAAAAUCUUCAAUUAGCUACACUUUGUUCCUGUACCGCGAAGAGCUGAAACGCCGACAAGUCAGCUUUAAACGUUUGAGCCGUACCAAAAUCUCACUCACCGACAAGUUGAUCACCAAAAGCGUUCGAAAUUUGGAAAAAUGCACUACCGAAGAUUUGCGGGCCAUCAAUCAGGAAUUGCUGUUCAAGAAGAAGCUGAAGCACCAAAUCAAACGCAUUUAUAACUUGGAAAAAUUGGGCAUUCGCAAUGCCAAUCCCAAUUUGGAAAGUACCGAGUUGUGAGGGAUUUACUCAAUGGAUGGUAUACAACAGUGAACUGGACAACGCUUGACAAAGCAGUGAAGAAUGACUUGCCUAAUCUCCUUGUUAUUGGCACAAUAGAAUGGAAGAUAACUCAAAGAUUUGCUGAA